AGCGUCGCCGUCGUUUAAGAUGGCAAGAUCGUGCCCCCAGAAUCAACACCAAACUAAUUAACAACAAAUAAACAACAAUGUUUAUACACUAGUGACAUUUUCCAGCGCGAACCAGUGAUAUAGUUAAAACAAACAAUGGGAUCAAUCGUUUUAAAAUCCCUCUCAAUACUACUAGGACUGUUUUUCAUUUUCGUGGGCUUUAUCAAAUUGUCCAGCUACAUCUCCAAGGACCUGCACAAAGACUUGCGGAAAGAGUACGUCAAGUACGCCAAAGUCUUCCCGUUUUCGGAAGCACUGGACUUCAAAAUCCCAUCGAAAUGGUACCGGAGAACGGUGGGCACUUUGGAGAUCGUUUGCGGAAUCGCAAUGGCCUUCGUGCCGAACCAUAAAGUGAAGAAUGGGGCGAACUUGUGCUUGCUGCUGCUCACCCUCAUGGCCGUCUAUUCCCACUACAUGGUGGCCGAUAAACUGGAGAGGACAGCACCAGCCCUAGUAUUUUUGUUUAUGUUAAGUGGCAGACUUGUUGUUUACUACCAGCUUACAAGGAGAGAAGCCGAAAGACCAGAAGCGACCGUCAAUGGGUUCAAGCAGGAAUAAAUAGUGCAAAACUCUCAAAUCGCGUCCAAAAACGAGUCCACCUUAUUACGUGUACCUAUAGUUAUUUGUGGUUUUGGACACACGAAAUUGUCUUGGUUGUUUAUUAUUUAGACUGCUAGCAUAUAAUUUUCAAUGUUGGUUUAUGCAAAUAAAUAACAAAACUGCGUUAUCAUUA